CUCCCGGGACACUAAAUGUCCCGGUUUUCGAAAGGCUACGUGAAUAUGUAUAUUCAACUAUCUAUUUUCUCUCCACUUGAAAUAGCCUAUGCGUUGUGCACAGAGUGGUCCGUGUCUCUUGUGUGUAGAAUCCGCUAUCAUUGGCUCUGGGACGUGUGACGUGACGUAGGCUACGUCAUCUAGCGCGUCUGUCUUCUUGGCAGCUAGCCAGUUACUACAGGCGGCAAUUUGAGAAGCAGUGUGAAGAAGAUUGUACGUCAACGUCGUUCGUUAGCGUUAACAUGGGUGGCGAGACGGAAGACGAAGAUGACAGUGUGUUCACAAAGACGGACAGGCCAGUAAAAAAGAAAAUGAAACGUUCGACAUACUUUAAUAAUGACUGGUUGAAAAAUGACAAUUACUCCACAUGGCUAAAGCCAACACCAGGCGACCCACUUUAUGCUACCUGCUCCGUAUGCUCAGUUAAAAUUCUGGUUAAACAUGAAGGCAAAACUGCUUUGGAUGACCAUGCUAAAACAAAUAAUUUUUUUAGCAAGGCAACUGAAUCCACUGAGCUGUUGAAAGUAGUUGCUUUUGUUUUUUCCAUACCAGUCAGUAAUGCCUAUGCAGAAAGAGUGUUCAGUCAUAUGGAGGAUGUUUGGUCCGAUAAAAGAAACAGACUGUUAGUUGCAAUGGUGAAGUCUGAGCUUCAGGUCAGAUUGAAUUUCAAAUUGUCAUGCACUGAAUUCAAGACAUUCAUUGAAGAACAGAAACCACUGAUAGCUGCAGCAAAGGGAAACGCCAAGUAUAGAUGGAAGACUAGCAAAGCAAAAGCAAGCACAAGCACAAGCACAGUAUCUAAGCAACCAGCCGUGUUUUACUCUCCUGAAAAUGUGCUUGAUUAUGAAGAACAUGCUGAUGAAUGUGUUGUUCAGGUGAGCAUCUAUCUGCCUCCUCUGAAGCCCAUGAAGAGUGUUCUGGAUCUCUUGAAGAACCUCUCCAACUCUCUGUCAGUGUCUGCCGUUAUACGGUCAUCAUUACAUCACUGUAAUGGAGGAUCAAUGAGAGUGUUUGAGUGCAGUUCCACACGGGUCAACAGAUAUCGUUCACAGAAGGAGACGUGUCUCUUCAGUACUUGCUGUAGUGUGACGUCACUGGGAGUGUUUAUUUCCGUGGUGUGA